AUGUAUCAUCAGUUACACCUAUCAUUUCGAGGUGACACGCGUAUCAAUAAGUUAUAGUCACAUUAUUUCUCAAUCAUCCAUGAGUGGCUAUGGCUAUAUAUGGUGACAGAAACCCUUCCACGGUUUACUGGUACUAACUAGUCCUACAGAGCUCUUGGAUUUUGAUUGGUUUCCGAAUGAAAAGGUUGUUGCAACAUUCAUCCAGCUAGUUUAAUCAGUAGCCGAUACAUAGAGAUAGAGCAAAUGGCUAUUAGUAGUGAAUUUGGUCAUGAAGAGCCUCCGAUCGUAUCUCGACUCGACAGGCUCGACAACAUGCUGAGACACUUAGAGGAAAUGAGAGGAAGGGGAUUUUGUUAUACUAAUAGUGGUUCACCAGCAAGGAGUUCUUGUACGUCCACUACACCAUCAAAUUGUAGUACUCCUAGAGCAGGUGGUGGGGGAUCAGGGAGGUUAUCAUUUCUAGCAACAACGACAGCAAAACAUAACUCAUCGCCAUCAUCAUCAACUUCAUCAUCCGUUGAUUCCACACCCUGCAGGAGUAGUCUUGAGAAACAUUGUCGACCUAUUGAUGAUGUUAUAAUGGAAACACAACUCAAAGGCAAUCUUAUUGACCGUCUUGUCCAUGUCGAAGACCGUCUGUUUAAGUUGUGUUCGCAGGUAGAGGAAGAGAUGAGAGAAAUGACGCCUACAAAGAGUGAUGGCACCAAAAAGAAGAAGACCGGGUUUUUUCAUCAUCAUGGGAAAGAAGAAGAUGAGGAAGGUCAUCAUCACGAGCAUAAAAGUGCGUUGAAACAAUUUGUAAAAUCAUGUGUUAAGGGUGGAAAAACGAAAACCAAAAAGCGGACUUAAUAACUCAACCAUGUAUCAUGUAAAAUAGGUUUGUUGAUGUUUCCCCCUUUACGCCUUUCUUUUAGUGGCUUGUGUAAGAUGUUCUCAAACUAUGAGAAUUUAGUAAACGGGCUACAGUUGUCAAUGCUUCCCUACCGAGGUGAUGAUUACUUUGGCCUCAGUGAUGUUACUAUAUAUGUACGUAUGAUUAUUGUAUGAGCGUCAACAUU